CAUGAAUACGCCAAUCUUGGAAACGUCAGCCCCUGAUCACGGCUAUCUCAGCCUACUCUCGCGCCUACUCCAAGAACAGUGGGUAGAACGGUUCGAUGGACACGGCUACGUCGAUGAAGCAGGCUUCGAGAAAGAUGACCUGCGCUCAGUGAUUACAAGCGACCACAGUUACCCAUCCUUCACUGGCCACAAUGUCAAGUAUGAGAUGCUUGUUGUCACCAGCACGACCUAUAGUUGUCCAGUGUUUCUGGCUAUUUCUGGUCCAGAACACGCCGACCAGAAUGAGUUGAUGGCUCUCGUACGUGAAAUUUUCAGACGUGGUGUGUAUUCCCCCGGUGCUGAUUGGCCAAAGUUCGGGGCUGUGCUUCGUGGACACAACAUUACAUUGGAUGCCAUUGAGUUUACUAUCACCCUGCCUCUGAAAACCUUCGAGGUGUAUGACUACUGA